AUGAAAAUUGAUUAUCAAGAACUUGCUAUACAAUAUAACCAUUACACACACAAAAGGCCAAAUCCCUGCAAACUUCCUGUUCAUAUCGUCUUCACAAUCCCAGAUUCCAGAUCAACAAGGAUCUCCAAUCGAGCUAUGAAUCUGCAACCAAAGAAAUCAAACUCAAAUGUCGCGUUGACGCCAGAAGAUGAACAGAAAAAGAUCAUUGAGGUCCGUGACACGAUCAAGAAACAGAAAUCACUCGAGAAGAUCAAACAGCAUCGUCAAGAUGAGUUUUCUCAUUUUUGUUCUGAUGAAUCAAUAUCAAGAUAUCUAAGAGCACGAAAUUGGAACGUUAAAAAGGCUGUAAAAAUGCUCGAAAGUUCCUUGAUUUGGCGAAUGAAUUAUAAACCCGAAGAGAUUCGUUGGGAACAUGUUGCUGCCGAGGCUGAAACCGGGAAAAUUUACAGGUCAAGUUUUACGGACAAAAAAGGGAGGGUAGUUCUUGUUAUGAGGCCUAAAUUCCAGAAUUCGAAGUCAACAAAAUCACAAAUAAAGUAUUUGGUGUAUUGCAUGGAGAAUGCGAUACAAAAUUUGCCUUCGGAUCAAGAACAAAUGAUUUGGUUAAUCGAUUUUCAUGGAUUUAAUCUGUCAAACAUAUCAAUAAACUCAACAAAGGAAACCGCAAAUAUCUUACAAAAUCAAUAUCCAGAGAGGCUCGGGUUAGCAAUUCUAUAUAAUCCACCCAAAUUCUUUGAACCCUUUUAUAAGAUGGUAAAACCUUUCCUAGAGCCGAAGACAGCAAACAAAGUGAAAUUCGUUUAUGCAGAUGAUCCAAAUACGAAGGGCAUUAUGGACAAUUUGUUUUGCAUGGAUGAACUUGAGUCUGCAUUUGGUGGAAAAGAUGAAGAAUAUUUUGAUAUUAAGAAAUAUGCGGAGAAGAUGAUAGAAGAUGAUGCAAAGAGGAUUGCCCUUCAUGGUGGAGAAAAAUGCUCCGAUUCGGAUUCCAAUAGCAAGAAAGGAACGUCUUGAAUGGAAUUGGAUUUGGUUUGACUUUCUGACUUGAAUGGAAUUGGAUUUGGUUUGACUUUUUAAUGGGUUAAGUAUUUUUAGAGAUUUUAGUUUUUUAGGUUUUUGACCUUUUCAAGAAAGAAGAAGAAAGUCUUGAAGAAUCAUGUUAAAUCUAUGCAAUGCUUUUUAUAUGUGUUUAGUGCAACUUGUUCUUAUUUACAAACGAUCAACGGAAUUUGAAUUUUAGAAUAAUGAAAAUGAUAAGAAAAUAACG